UCAACCUAAGUAAAUAUGUUCGAAUCAUAUUUUCCACGUGUUACCCUCAUGGCUUUAGGGGUCCCCACCUUCUUUCUUCUUUACGGAGUCACUCACAGUUCCCGCCCUGUUAGCUUCCAGUACUAAGCAAACUCCGCUGAUUUUAAAAAAGCAGACUCUCCCAAAAGCAGAAACACCCAGUAAAAAAGAAAAGCACUUCCGCGCUGCUGAUUACAGAUUUGUUUAUCACAAGUCUCCAAUUCCAAAAGCAAAAGCACUUCAAAAAGCUUCUGAAAACAAACAAAACCGAACCCUCCCAUCACCAAUUCCUUUCUUGCUUCGAGAGCAAAACCCCACUUUGCUUUCCUUUUCCCCUCCCCCCUCCCAAAGUAUCUCUCUCUCUAAAUACCUAGAAAGAUGACAUCUUUCCUUAAUUCACAACCCACAUUGAAAUCAGUGAGAGCUGAAACCGAGAGGAGGCUGAGGAUUGGCGGUGCUUUUCGGAAAUGGCGAGCUCCAGCGGGACGAAGACCGACCACCCGGGGGGGCUUCAACGGUCGUCAUCGAGGGGAAUGACGAGAAUGUCCACUAAGGUUUUGGACAUGCUGAUCGAGGACGAGGCGUUGGACAUUAAUGUGCCCCCGGGACUUCCCUCAAUUGCUCCGAUUUUUCGAGUCGCCAAUGAGAUUGAGAAGGACAACCCUAGGGUUGCUUAUCUCUGCCGCUUCCAUGGAUUUGAGAAGGCACAUACGAUGGAUCCAACAUCAAGUGGACGUGGUGUUCGACAGUUUAAGACGCUUCUGUUGCACAGACUUGAAAAGGAAGAAACAGAGACAAAACAUCAGCUUGCUAGAUCUGAUGCACAAGAAAUUCUGAAGUAUUACCACCAAUUCUAUGAGAAAAAUAUCAAAGAUGGAGAGUACACAAAGAAACCGGAAGAGAUGGCUAAGAAUUGUCAGAUUGCAACAGUACUGUAUGAUGUGCUCCAGACAGUGGUACAUCAAUCCCAAAUAGAUCAACAGACAAAGAAGAUGGCUGAAGAUGUCAAGAAGAAAAGGGAGCAGUAUGUCAACUAUAACAUUCUUCCGUUAUAUACUGUUGGUGUUAAACCAGCAAUUAUGGAACUUCCCGAGAUCAAAGCAGCGCUUCGUGCUGUACAAAAUGUGAAUGGUCUUCCAAUGCCAAGAUUUCAUGUACAACCCACGAACCCUGAAGACAAGUCAACAAUGCCAGCAGAGAGGAUUAAACCUGUCAAUGAUAUACUUGAUUGGCUUUCCUCUAUCUUCGGGUUUCAGAAAGGAAAUGUGGCAAAUCAGAGGGAACACUUACUCUUGCUACUUGCCAACAUGGACGUAAGACAUAGAAAUCUUGAAAAUUACACUGAGUUGAAUAGUUCCACUGUACAACGUUUGAUGGAGAAAGUUUUUAAAAAUUAUCGUUCCUGGUUUAACUAUUUGCAUUGUAAAUCCAAUCUUAGGUUCCCUCGAGGUUCUGACAGACAACAAUUGGAACUUAUUUACAUUGCGCUCUAUCUUCUCAUAUGGGGUGAAGCUUCAAAUAUUCGAUUCAUGCCUGAAUGCUUAUGCUAUAUUUUCCACCAGAUGGCCAAUGAGAUGUAUGGAAUUUUAUUUAGCAAUGUGCAUCCGGCUACUGGAGAAACAUACCAAGCAGCAGCACGGGAUGAAGAGUCUUUUUUGAGGGAUGUUGUAACUCCUAUCUACCAAGUCUUGUACAUGGAAGCAAAGAGAAACAAAAAUGGCACGGCAAGUCAUUCAAGAUGGAGAAAUUAUGAUGAUCUAAAUGAAUACUUCUGGUCCGACAGAUGUUUUAGGCUAGGGUGGCCAAUGGACCCGAAAGCAGAUUUUUUUAAGCAAGAUGAGAGGCCAAAUCAAGCUGCUGGUGGGAGGAGGAAACCUAAAACAAAUUUUGUAGAAGUCCGAACAUUUUGGCACCUCUACAGAAGUUUUGAUCGAAUGUGGAUAUUCUUGAUAUUGGCUUUCCAGGCUAUGCUUAUUGUUGCAUGGAGUCCUUCUGGUUCUCUGACUGCUUUCUUUGAUGCGGAUGUCUUCAGAAGCAUUUUAAGCAUCUUCAUCACUUAUGCUUUCCUCAACUUAUUACAAGCCACUCUGGAUAUAAUUCUUAGUUGGCAUUGUUGGAAGAGCUUGAAAUUCACUCAAAUACUACGAUACCUCUUGAAAUUCGCUGUAGCUGGUGCAUGGGCUGUGGUUCUGCCUAUUGGUUAUUCUAGUUCUGUGCAGAAUCCUACAGGACUUUUGAAAUUCUUCAGCAGUUGGGCUAGGGAUUGGCGGAAUCAAUCAUUUUAUAAUUAUGCUGUUGCGCUCUAUCUGCUUCCUAAUAUAUUGGCCGCCGUGCUAUUUUUUCUUCCACCUUUACGGAGGCACAUAGAGCGCUCAAAUUGGAGGAUUGUCACUCUUUUUAUGUGGUGGGCUCAGCCAAAACUGUAUAUCGGAAGAGGGCUUCAUGAGGACAUCUUUUCACUGCUGAAAUAUACGCUUUUUUGGAUCAUGCUUCUAAUCAGCAAGCUAUCGUUCAGCUAUUUUGUGGAGAUACUGCCACUUGUAGCACCAACAAAAAUAAUAAUGGAGAUGCCUAUAAGUAAUUAUCAAUGGCAUGAGUUCUUUCCACAUGUAACUCAUAAUAUUGGCGUUGUCAUUGCAAUAUGGGCUCCAAUUGUCCUGGUUUAUUUUAUGGAUGCACAAAUAUGGUAUGCAAUAUUUUCUACUAUCUUUGGUGGGAUUCAUGGAGCAUUCAGCCAUUUGGGUGAGAUACGGACCCUUGGGAUGUUGAGGUCCAGAUUUGAGUCUGUGCCUUCUGCUUUCAGUAAUCGUCUUAUGCCGUCAGGCAAUGAGGAUGCAAAGGAGAAAGGACAAUUGGUGGAUGAGGCACUCGAACGAAAGAACAUUGCUAAUUUCUCUCAAGUCUGGAAUGGGUUCAUAAAUUCAAUGCGGUUGGAAGACCUUAUCAGCAAUAGAGAUAAAGAUCUGCUGUUUGUUCCAUAUUCAUCAGAAGAUGUGACUGUUGUCCAGUGGCCUCCUUUCUUGCUUGCUAGUAAGAUUCCGAUAGCAUUGGACAUGGCAAAAGAUUUUACAGGGAAGGCAGAUGAUGAUUUAUUUAGAAAGAUCAAGAGUGAUGAUUAUAUGUACUCAGCAGUAAUUGAAUGCUAUGAGACACUCAGGGAUAUUAUAACUGGCCUUCUGGAAGAGGAAGAGGAUAAUGUAAGUUAGAAGAUUGUAAACCACAUAUGCAAGGAAGUAGACAGUAGUAUACAGCAGCGGAAAUUUUUGACUACUUUCCGCAUGAGUGGGCUGCCAUUUCUUAGCGAGAGGUUGGAGAAAUUUCUAAAGCUCUUGCAAGCCGAAGGAGAGAAUGUCGAUAAUUCCAUGCGUCAGAUAAUCAAUGUUCUUCAAGAUAUCAUGGAGAUUAUCACACAGGAUGUUAUGAUCAACGGCCAUGCAAUACUGGAGCAAGCACAUUACACUGAUGGUGCAAACGUCAAGAAGGAGCAAAGGUUUCAAAAGCUUAAGAUUGACCUUAGACAUAAUACAUCUCGGAGGGAGAAGGCUUGGAUAGAAAAGGUAGUGAGACUUCAUUUGCUUUUGACCGUCAAAGAGUCUGCCAUCAAUGUGCCUCAAAACUUGGAAGCUCGCAGGCGCAUCACCUUUUUUGACUCCUUAUUCAUGAACAUGCCACGUGCUCCCAAAGUUCGCAGCAUGCUCUCAUUUAGUGUUCUGACUCCUUAUUACAAAGAAGAUGUCCUCUACUCUGAUGAGGAACUUACGAAAGAAAAUGAGGAUGGAAUCUCAAUUUUGUUCUACCUGAAGAAAAUAUAUCCUGAUGAAUGGACAAAUUUUGGGGAACGGAUAAAUGAUCCUAAAAACAAGUUUUCUGAGAACAACAAGUUAGAGUUAACUCGUCAAUGGGCAUCUUACAGAGCACAGACACUUUCUAGAACAGUGAGAGGGAUGAUGUACUAUAGGGAGGCUCUAGACCUUCAGUGUUUCCUGGAAACAGCAGGAGAUGGUGCUGUUUUUGAAGACUACCAAACCUCAGCCUUAAGUGAAAAUGACGAGCAGGCUCACCCGGCUUCUGAUGAUCGUGCACAAGCUCUGGCAGAUUUGAAGUUUACUUAUGUAGUUUCUUGUCAGGUCUAUGGUGCUCAGAAAAUCUCCAAUGAAUCUCGGGAAAAAAGUUGUUACAAUAAUAUCCUGAAGCUGAUGCUAACGUAUCCAUCUCUACGUAUUGCUUACAUAGAUACAACGGAGGAGCAAGUGAAAGGAAAACCCAAAAAAACUUACUAUUCUGUUCUAGUCAAGGGUGGUGACAAAUGGGAUGAGGAAAUAUACCGCAUCAAGCUCCCAGGUCCUCCUACAGAUAUUGGCGAAGGAAAACCUGAAAAUCAAAAUCAUGCCAUUAUCUUUACUCGCGGGGAAGCCCUGCAGACAAUAGACAUGAAUCAGGAUAAUUACUUUGAAGAAGCUUUCAAGAUGAGAAAUGUGUUGGAGGAAUUCUUAAAGAAUCGUCGUGGGCAUCGAAAACCCACAAUAUUGGGUCUAAGGGAGCAUAUUUUCACUGGAAGUGUUUCAUCACUUGCUUGGUUCAUGUCGAAUCAAGAGACCAGUUUUGUAACAAUUGGCCAAAGAAUUUUGGCAAAUCCACUGAGGGUACGGUUCCAUUAUGGUCAUCCUGAUAUAUUUGACAGAAUCUUCCACAUAACAAGGGGUGGCAUAAGCAAAGCUUCAAAAGUAAUAAACUUAAGUGAGGAUAUAUUUGCAGGGUACAAUUCAACUAUGCGUGGGGGAUUUAUAACGCAUCACGAGUAUAUCCAAGUAGGCAAGGGGCGUGAUGUGGGAAUGAACCAAAUAUCACUUUUUGAGGCUAAGGUUUCAAAUGGAAAUGGAGAACAGACACUUAGCCGUGAUGUUUACCGGCUUGGGCGUCGGUUUGAUUUCUACAGAAUGCUUUCCUUUUACUUCACAACAGUUGGAUUCUAUUUUAGUAGUAUGGUAACUGUGCUGACUGUAUAUGUGUUUUUAUAUGGACGUAUGUACAUGGUUAUGAGUGGAUUAGAGAAUGAGAUCCUGGAGAAUCCAGCCAUACAUGAGAACAAAGCCUUUGAAGAGGCUUUGGCUACCCAGUCUGUCUUUCAACUGGGCUUGUUGCUUGUGCUUCCAAUGAUCAUGGAAAUUGGCCUAGAGAAAGGGUUCCGCAGUGCCUUGGGUGAUCUCAUCAUCAUGCAGCUCCAGUUGGCCUCUGUUUUCUUCACAUUCCAACUAGGAACAAAAGCCCAUUACUAUGGAAGGACAAUCUUACACGGAGGAUCUAAAUACCGAGCAACUGGUCGUGGUUUUGUUGUUUUCCAUGCAAAGUUUUCCGAGAACUACAGACUUUACUCGCACAGUCACUUUGUGAAGGGGUUGGAAUUGCUUAUUCUGCUGAUUGUGUAUGGAGUCUACGGGCAAUCGUAUAGGAGUUCAAAUCUAUAUUUUUUCAUCACUUUGUCCAUGUGGUUUCUGGUUGCUUCCUGGUUGUUUGCUCCUUUCAUAUUCAAUCCGUCCAGCUUUGACUGGCAGAAAACUGUAGAUGAUUGGACAGAUUGGAAGAGGUGGAUGGGAAAUCGUGGUGGUAUUGGGAUAGCACCUGACAAAAGUUGGGAAUCAUGGUGGAAUGAAGAACAGGAACACCUCAAACACACAGUUAUCCGGGGAAGAAUUAUUGAGAUAAUACUUGCGUUGCGGUUCCUUAUUUACCAAUAUGGAGUUGUUUACCACCUUGAUAUAGCCCAUCACAGCAAGAGUUUACUGGUUUAUGGACUUUCUUGGAUAGUUAUGGUAACUGUUCUUCUCGUUUUAAAGAUGGUUUCCAUGGGUAGACGAAGAUUUGGCACCGACUUUCAGCUCAUGUUCAGGAUUCUGAAAGCGCUUUUGUUUCUUGGUUUCAUGUCAGUCAUGACUGUCCUAUUUGUUGUUUGUGGCCUUACUAUUUCAGAUCUGUUUGCUGCUAUCCUUGCCUUCCUACCCACAGGCUGGGCCCUUCUUGUGAUCGGGCAAGCAUGCAGGCCAAUGUUCAAAGGGCUAGGAUUCUGGGAAUCAAUCAUGGAGCUUGGAAGAGCAUACGAUUACAUAAUGGGGCUAGUAAUCUUCAUGCCGAUAGCGAUUUUGUCAUGGUUCCCGUUUGUAUCAGAGUUCCAAACACGUUUGCUCUUCAACCAAGCAUUCAGCAGAGGCCUGCAGAUUUCCAUGAUUCUUGCAGGGAGGAAAGACAACACGGAGGAGUCUCGGAAAGAGAGACCAGACAAGCCUUCAGCAUCUCAAGUUCAUACCCGCAAUUAGAAUAUCAUUAGCUGCUACCUUAUGAUGUUAAUUGAAAAUUUUGAAUGUUCACUGGAAUUGGUAGAUGCUUCUGAGGAGGAUAUACGGCCUUGUUUUGUGUCUAGGAUUGGAUUGUAAACUUUCUAAAUAGUGCUGCCUUAUUCAUUCAAAUUCAAUCGUGUAUGCCAAACGAAGUUUUAAGUUCUUGAAUUUGAAUUCCUUUGCCUAUAA